GUCAUGUGCGUCACACACAGACAGACAUCGCGGAAACUAAACGCUUUCACUUAGCUCUGUCUCUAUUCUUUCUCGAUCUCGCGGAAACAGCCACUUACAGAAACUUUUCAAUAUGGUUAAAGUUUCUUUUAACAAGGCUCUCGCCUUCAAGGACCCAAAGAAGGAAAGUCUCAUUCUUGAUGUACAGGAUUCUGAGGCAGCGGUGUUGGUGCGUCCGCAGUCGAAGGUGUGGUGCUGGUGCUUCUGUCUGGGAUUGGCUCUCGUUCUCUCUGGUGUAGUGGUGGGAGGAGCCUUCCUGUAUAGAUACUAUAUGCUUGAGGUUCAGGGGGUCAUGGAUGGCAGAGCGGAUGAGAGGAAGGAUGCACACACCUCUUUGGAAAUGGUGAGUAUAAAGGUAAUCCCUUUCCACAGGUUUGUAGACAGAGAACACUGGAGACACUUAGGAAGGGAAGACGCACUGGAGACAAUUACUAGAGCCAAACCUUCUGUCCAAACUGGAAAGUUGGGACUAUCCAUCCAUCAGAUAUCCACCUGGAAGGAGUUUGAGGCACCGCUGAUGCUGCUUGAAGAGAAUGUGAGCUUUUUCGAAGACGAUGAGGUGGAGCUCAUCAAAGUACCUGUCCCUGAGUUCAGAGACGGCGAUUCAGCUGGCAUCCUGCAUGACUUCACCAUGAAACUGACUGCUUAUCUCGACAUGAAUCUGGACAGAUGCUACAUCAUCACCCUGAACACCUCUAUCGUCAUGCCGCCCAGAGAUUUCCAAGAGUUCCUGGUCAACAUCAAGGCAGGAAUGUAUCUUCCUCAGACGUACCUUAUGCGAGAGGAGAUGAUGGUUACAGAGAGGCUGGACAGCACCAGUGAUCUGGGCUAUUACAUCAAUGACCUGUGCAAGGACAAAGACACGUACAGACUCCAGCGCAGAGACAUCAUAUUGGGUAUGCAGAAACGUGAAGCUCUGAACUGCCACAAGAUCCGCCAUUUUGAAAACAAGUUUGUUGUGGAGACUUUGAUCUGUGAGCAAUGAAGAACAUGAAUCUCUGACGAAGCAGCAACUCUUCAGCUCUUCCUUUAAUUCAGUGAAAACCUUUUCUACUGUAGGCCUUUUUUUCACAUUUUUUUUUUAAUCUAAAAUGUGAAAUGGUCUUUUCUGCACAAAGAGGUGUAUUAUGUUUGAGUAUACAUGUAAUGUGUGUCUUAUGCUACUUUAUGAAUAUUAGACUUAAUAAAAGGACAUAGAGCAAUAAGUGAUUAACAAUAGUGAUUUUAGCCUAUAUAGAAGUCCAAUCAAGAGUUUAAGACAGUAAGUAAUUUAAUCAUUAAUCAUUUAUUCCCAUGAGAUUGCUGAAAAAUGUAUGAUUUUUUUUCUGUAUCUUUAACAUUUGCAACAUCUACUGUACUUAAUUUUGAUACUAUUCAAAGUUUCAGCAAAUCAGUGUAUAAUGUGGAUCACAAUGUUGCAGUGCUAAAAUGCAUAACGUCACAAUUUGAGGUUUUCUUGAAUUUGCAUUUUAUUUGCAAAUAUAAAUAUUUCGUUUUAAAUGAGAUGGAUAACCAUACAAACAGAACUCUUUCUUUAAAAUUACUAUACAUUUUCCAAUCUGAAACGACUUUGUUCUUUGCUAAUUUGUAUAUAAGAUCAAAUAAGAUCCUAAACUUUACACCUUUCUGUCUUUAUACACAAGCUUUUAAACUCCAUAUAAGAAACAAAAAAAUCAAC